UCCACAUCACGUACGCUGCAAAUAUUCACAGCACGAGCAAAUAGGGAAACGAACUGCAAACUGCAAAGACACAACGGAAAUGUUUCCAGGGGGGCCAUAAUCAGUGACGGACCCGCAUCCAUCCGGUUGUCUUCGCGCUAUCUGAAUGUGCGCUUUUGUUGUUUAUGGCUACAAGAGAUUGAAAUGUUCUGUCCGUUUUGUGCUGUGCAACUGGGGGACGCUCCCAAGUUUUGCCCGUCGUGUGGUCUGAACGUGGGGUUCCUUACGGAGCGUCCAUCCACGUCAUCAAGCGUAGGCCAUGGGCCUACAGAGGAUGACCUAAUACGUGCCUACUUCAGAAAGGACCACUCCAACGAGAUUAUUAGAGAUUUUUUGGAGUCAAAGCAUGGGAUUGUAAUGAGCCUGAAAACUCUAAAAAGAAGGCUGAAACGGCUAAACCUAAGUCGGAGAGCAAAUUACACUCCACUGGAGACUGUGAAUGCUGCCAUCACUACUGAAUUGAAUGGCUCAGGACAGCUGUUGGGCUACAGGGCUAUGUGGCAGACCCUGCGACAGAAGCAUUCACUGACAGUAAAACGAGACAAUGUCAUGCAAGCCCUCAGAUUAUUAAAUCCAACAGGAGUAUCUCUCCGUCAUAGGCGCAGAUUUGUUAGGCGAUCCUAUUGCGCCGCAGGACCCAAUCAGGUGUGGCACGUGGAUGGCUAUGACAAGCUCAAGCCCUUUGGGAUUGCCAUCAGUGGCUGCAUCGAUGGGUAUUCAAGGCGGGUUAUGUGGCUCUGUAGUGGUAGCACCAACAACGACCCUGCAGUAAUCGCUCACCAUUACCUGCAGUGUGUUUCGAGCUGUGGCCUUCCGGCUCGUCUUCGGACAGACUGUGGGACAGAAAACGGAGACAUGGCUGCCAUCCACUGUUCUUUAAGAGAGGACCACACCAAUGAAUUUGCGGGUUCUGUCAGCCACAUGUAUGGCACUUCAACUGCCAAUCAAAGGAUUGAAAGCUGGUGGUCCUUUUUCAGGAAACAUUUUCAAGUAUGUUUUUAGAUGUUAUAGAGGGUG